AUGGCAGACACUUCUCUACUUAGAAUUGUGGCAGCUGUGCAGGGCAAUAUGGAAAUGUUGUCCUUCUGGGAUGUGGCCAUCGAGUUCUCUCCAGAAGAGAGGGAGUGUCUGGAGCCUGCUCAGUGGAAUCUGUACAGGGACGUGAUGCUGGAGAAUUACAGCCACCUUGAAUUCCUGGGUCUUGCUGUCUCUAAGCCACACCUGGUGACAUUUCUGGAGCAAAGACCAGACCCUUCAGACGGGGAGAGACAAGCAGCAGCCACCGUGCACCCAGGUGUGUAG